GCCAUCUUAGCAAAAUGGCUGCCUUGUUGUUGGCGACUGUUGGGUGCUUGUUUAGAAACUAAUGUUUAUUUCUUUAUUCGAUUAUGAGUUAAAUAGUUACUAGUACAAGACGUCGUGCAAUUGGUGUUAAAAUAUUAUUAAUUGGUUGAAUAUACUUUUAAAUAUUUAUAUUCUUUGUGAUCUAGUUAUGAAUACGAGGACAGUUUGGGCAACAUCGACCCCUAGGACAGGUAACCCAACAGUUGUCCCUUAGGAGAGCCUUUUGAUACAAAUGUAUAGGAAUACAACCCACCAAUAAAAAUAUUAGUGCUUAACAUCAUUAGUACAGCAGCCAUGUCGAAGAUGUGGACAUCUUCACCUUAUUCCCACACAAACCAUCAAGGCAACCAGAAUGCAGGGAAAACUAAUGAGCAUCAGAACCAGCAAAACCUAAAGACAUUGGGAAUGACGUCUGCUAUAUCAAUGGCAGGUCCAAAACCAAUUGAUAUUGAAAAAACUAAUGAGCUUAAGGAGUCCCUGAUCCCAUAUGGGGUGUUUGAAUCUGAGGUUGAAAUGCACCACCGCAUGGAAAUACUGGGACAACUCCACAGACUGGUGAGACAAUGGAUACGCGACGAGUCACUCAGGAAAAACAUGCCUCCCAGUGUGGCGGACACUGUCGGCGGAAAUAUAUACACUUUUGGGUCAUAUAGACUUGGAGUUCACCACAGAGGCGCGGAUAUCGACGCACUCUGUGUCGCCCCACGGCACAUAGACAGGACUGAUUAUUUCCAGUCGUUCUACGAGCUACUUAAAAUGCAACCACAGGUAAAAGACCUGCGUGCUGUCGAGGAUGCUUUUGUACCGGUAAUAAAAAUGAAUUUCGACGGAAUUGAGAUCGACUUGCUUUUUGCUAGAUUGGCGCUUAAGGAAAUACCAGACUCGUUCGACCUCCGCGAUGAUAUGUUGUUGAAGAAUUUGGACCAGAAGUGUGUGAGGUCUCUAAACGGAUGCCGGGUGACAGACGAAAUUCUGCGCCUAGUGCCCAAUAUUGAAAACUUCAGGCUCACACUAAGAGCCAUUAAAUUGUGGGCGAAACGUCACGGUAUCUACUCAAACACACUUGGCUACCUUGGUGGAGUGUCCUGGGCCAUGCUUGUAGCCCGUACAUGCCAGCUGUACCCCAACGCGUUACCAGCUACCCUUGUACACAAGUUCUUCCUCGUCUUCAGCCAGUGGAAGUGGCCGCAACCGGUCCUCCUCAAACAGCCAGAUUCUGUUAAUCUGGGCUUCCCAGUCUGGGAUCCAAGGGUAAACCUGGCCGAUCGUUUCCAUCUGAUGCCAAUCAUCACUCCUGCGUACCCGCAGCAAAACUCCACAUUCAAUGUGUCUGCUUCGACAAGAACUGUCAUAAUGGAGGAGUUCAGACUUGGUUUAGCAAUAACAGACGAGAUCAUGCUCAACAAAUGCGGCUGGGAGCGUCUGUUCGAAGCACCCAACUACUUCUCCCGCUACCGUCAUUUCAUCGUACUGCUGGCUUCGUCAGCCAGUUCCAAUGAUCAGCUGCAGUGGUGCGGCCUCAUCGAAAGCAAGAUCAGGCACCUUAUCAACACGCUGGAGCGCAACCAACAUAUCACUAUUGCGCACGUGAACCCCGAGUGCUUCAACUCGGUGCCUCUCCACACCAACGGCGGGCAGCCGCUGGCGCUGCCACCCGGCGCUACGCCCCCGGCGGCCGCCGACACGCCCGGCGACGUCAAGCUCAACGACAAAGGUGAAGUGAUUCCGAACCACUGUUCCAUGUGGUUUAUCGGCUUGGUGUUUGAGAAGACUAAUGUCAACGUAGAUCUCACAUACGACAUAUCGACGUUCACCAAAGCGGUUCACUUCCAAGCCGAGAACACCAGUAUGCUACGAGAAGGGAUGAGCAUAGAGGCGCGGCACGUGAGACGCAAAGAACUGCAUCAGUAUCUAUCGCCGUCGCUGCUGCGUCGCGAGCGGCUCACCUCGGGCACUAAGCGUCGGCUGGCCGAUGCCCAACAUCCACCCAACGCACAAGCCAACCAAGCCAACAACUCGCAGCCGUCCCAACCGCCUAAAAAGACAAAGCGACUCUCAGAAAGCAGUACGGAGGAUGUCAGCAUUAUCUCAUACAACGAGGACUCUAACUCCUCCAAUAUGUACGAAGUGAAUCUUCAAAAUGGCACAAGUACAAAUCAUGAGGAACGUAAACCCACAGAGAAGAACGAACACCCUUCCACAUCCAACGCACAGACAAACAGUAUCGCGUGUACGUAGCAGUACGAACAGUGGCGACAAAGGUUCAUAUACGGAACUGCCAAUGUUAAACUGAACAGAGUGAAACGUAUAUAGUGCUAAGACAGAACUUGUGAUCUAGUGUUAAGUGAUCAAUAUCGGACAGUUUUACGGUGCAAUUUGUAUCAUUUACGGUGUUCAUGCGGCGUCUAUGGUUCCAAUAAGGUUCGUAAGCCCAGCAAUCACGACGUCACGUGAGUUGUAUCAAUCAUAAAUCUAAUUCUACAUCUGUUUGGUGAACUGGCAAGAAGUUCUACCAUUAAACGAAAGACAAUUUUUGAUAUAGGUUAAGUAGGACUUUUUGUGAGUCCACAGUUCCGGAAAACUUAAUACCAAACAGAGAUUGAAGUUACAUCGUUUUUAGCCCAUUAAAUAUAUAUUUAAUGGGCUAAAAAACAAUAUUUAGCGGACACUUUAGAUCUUUUCUGUUGUUCUUCAUAAUUUUUUAUUAUAUAAACUCUAUGACCUGAGCUUAACCCUUAGGUCAAAAAAAUAAAAAAAAAAACUUUGAAAGCGAAGAGAUAGUAUGUUUUUUGUCUCGUUUAUAAUUAUCACGUUGCAAUCUCUGUUUGGUGAUAAGUGUCUAAUAUUUUACGUGGUGUUCCUUCCUAAGCAUAGGUAGGACUGGUUGACGAAUUGUAUGUUGACAAUGAUUAAGUAAAUUACAUAAUAUAACAAUCACUUGUCGAUAUUGCCGACUCUUCACAGCACUGUAUAUUACACAGUACUCUUUUAAGUUCAAAAAUUAUAAAAAAAUAAUCAUACUUUCUUAAAUCUUUUACUGAGAUUAGAAUCUUGAUAAAAAAAAAAAAAAAAAACUUGUGUUACUUAGUAGAGAAUGCUAGAAAAAAGAGGCUAAAAAAGAACCAACAAACCAAGUUUUGCUCGUUUGGUUAAAAUCCAUCUUUAUAUGUUUUUGUAAUUAUGUGUACUUAAUAAUUUAAUCAAGUUUUUUUUACAUGGUUGAGGGUAUAUAUAUAGAGGACACCUGGAAGACACCUUUCAUUCUAGUCUAAAAAAAAAUUAAAAUAAAAAAAUAAUGAACGAUAUGACCUUUUUUAAUUUCUUAAUAUUUUUAUUUAGUUAAAAAGUGCAUACAUGAGAUGAGUUCUGAGAGUGCAAGAAGCAAGAGUCGUAUGUAAAUUUAGAGGCCUUAAGUUCAUGGUUCUCUUACCUAUCCUGUAAGGGAUUUGGUUAAAACGUAAUCGAUAUUAUAAUAAAAAAAAAAAUUUUUUGUGUUCAUGCUAAUUCUGUUAUAAGAUAAGUAAAAUAUGUUUCUAUUGAGGUACUGUAAUAUAGGUGUUGUGAAUACAGAGUUGUGGACAAAAUAAAUAAUUAAUGAAACAAUUCGUAGCCACUGCUAUGCCAAUAUUGAUUGUGUUCGCAGAGCUGGCGCAAUUUUAGAACACCGACAAUUUACUUAAGGAUUGUAGAAUAUUAGCUAUAAAAUUAAAGAUGGACUGAGCUCAAUAAUUUCAAUGUAAACCCUCCGAAGCAUAAUUAUUACAAGUAGUUUUACAUCUUAAAGUACAAGCCAUAUUUUAAAUAAUAGAACAUAUUAUUCUUGCCUUGCAUUUAUUUCAAUACACAAUAGAAGUAAACUUGGAAGUGUUAAAAAUUUGCUAUGUUGGCAGCAUUUAAUUCAAUCUACCAUGCCAACCAAUACUGCCAUCAUACUAAUAUUUUAAUGUCUGAUAAACGCACAAUCUGUGUUAUAUUCAAGAAGUACAAUAUAAACAAGGAAAUUGAGUUGAAACUUCGCUAAUUUUCCAUUCAGCGUAUAUGCCAUCUUACUUACAUCCUAUUUGGAGUAACAAAGAAUAGUAGAUAAGAGAUGCAGCGGGAACAAUUAACUAUUUUCCAUCUCGCUCACACUCACCAACUCUCGUUGCAACUUAUAAUAAAUUGGAAUUUGUAAUAUUUUCAUAAAUUUAAUGAGCCAAUUCUAUAAAUUGACGGUCAAUAAAAGAAACCAUUUUUACAUUAACAGUAUUCAAUGACACCUAAUUUUUAUAAGAAUAUAGAUCGAAAUGUGUUUUAAAAAAGCGCCAUCUCUUGCCCGUUGCUUUAUAUACUACACUGGCUAUCCCAAGAACUAACUGUUUGAAUAGAACUAUGCGAAGAUCUGUUAUGAAAUAGGACAGUUUAGUAGAAUUUGAUCACAGCUAUUGGUUUCGAGAAGAAUAUUUUUUAUUUAAUUACACUGAAUUAUAAUUUUAAUUAUUUUAAUUGUGUUUAAAUUAUAUUAAGUAACAUUAAGCUCUUAUAAAUAGUCAUUUUUAUUAUUUUACCGCCCAUUAGGAAUGCAACGUUCAGUUGAGAACAACGGGCAAGAAACUUAUUUACUUUUUUAUAAUAAAAGUACAAUAAAUAACGGUUUUUUUUUAUUAAUUAAUUAAUAAGUUUAUUAGAGAAUAAUAAAACUUAAGUUAUUUACAUGGGUACUUUUUCCCAUUCCUAUUUUAGCCACUAAACAAUCUCAAAUGUCCACUUUCAACGAUAAAAAGUCAACCAGAUUUGUAUAGAUAAAUCUGGUUGAUAAAUAGUUGUUUUUUUAAUCUACUUUUAAUGUGGGAUUUUUGUUUUUUCACAUGCCAAUCCCAUAAAAUCUAAUCAGGUUAUCUACUAUUAUAAUUAUAAUUAAACUUGUCUAAAUUUUGUUUUAAUGUGAUCUCAUUCGCCUCAAAAUAUUUUCACCAACACUAGUCUGAUAUUUUAUAUACAGGGUAUUAAUUAAUUUUCGUCCUUUGCUCGUAUCUUUAAACAGUCAGUUCUUGCGAUUGUUUAGACAGUACAAAGUGGAGGAAAUAUUAUUUUAUGCGAUGUAGGAAUUAUAUUUUAUGGGGCUAUAACGGAGCCUUUAGAAUAAUUUAAACAAUAAAAAAGAAAAAAAAAAUGUUUAUUAUUUGUAUUAUGAUUUAUAUUUGAUGUUUUACACAAAAUUCAAUUCUUCUAGUACUUAUGGUGUCGGUGUUACAUGGGAGUUAAUGUGUGUUAACGGAAUUUUUAUGAUAACGGUUCACAACUACAAACCCGCCCUGGACAAGUGAUCAACGAAUCUAUCGAUAGAUAUGUUAUCGCUACUACAUAUUUGGUAUACAUCGCACAUCACAAUUUUAAUUUGCAAUGUCUUGGCUAACCAAACGUGACUUAUGGCUUGGUGCAUGGCAUUUGUUUCGUGUAAUGCACUGAUGUAUUAUACAUUGUUCCUAUAAUUGUCUCUUACGACGUUCUGAAGAUGAAAAGCAGUGGUGAUACUUUGCAUUUUCAUUUAGAAUAUAUAAAUAGAGAAAAGACAAACCAAUUUUCUUUCCAUUGUCUACUGAAAAACUAUUAAAAUAGAGUACAUACGACAGCUGCCACUUUCCAUUAAGUGGACCAUUCCAUUUGUUUGAUAUUCCCAAUACAACUAUGUAUCAUUAAAUAAAUAAAAAAUGUAUUUGUUUUUUUUUUUCAAGUAAACUUAAUAAUAAGCGAUUUUGAAUAGUCAUUUUUUUAUCUAUCACCCAGUUCGGAAUGCAAUUUCAACUGAGAAGAACGGGCAGGAAACACAGCUGUUGCUUUUUUCAAAUAAAAGUUAUCACAGAUUUCGUAACAAAUAACAGUGGACAUAUUUUUUUAUCACCACCUAGUCCUAAACUAAACAGAACGUGACCUAUUUAUAUUAGAUAUCUGAUAAAUACUUUUUCCUGUAAAUAUUAUAUUUAUAAAACAUCAUACAAACGUUAAAUGUUUGUAUUGUGCACGAAUCGAAAUCGCGCCCAUUGGAAAUUAAAGCGCUGCAUCAAGCCGGUCGUCAAGUUUUGCUUAAGAUUAUGAGUUUGUCUAACUACCCACAACAAAGAAAUUUCAUAAAAGUUCGAAGUUUUAUGAAAUUUCUUUGUUCUAUUUAUUUUUAAUAUAUUUGAACAGUCUAACUCCCAUGUAUUCGAAAGUUAUUUAUACAUUCUGACAACAUUUUCUUCUAUGCAAUUCUAAAAAACCAGGAAAAUUCAUAUAGCAUUAAUAAUACUUUAGAUCGCUAGAUGGCGCGAAUUCAAUAAGGGUUUCGUUGAGAAAAUUCUAUGUAUCAAAUGUUAAGAGGCGCAUAUUAAUGUUCACUAGAAAAAAAAACUAUUAUAAUUUUAAAGUAUUGUUAAAUGUAAUUUUCACCAAAGCAAAAUUCCCCCUAAAAUUAAAAUUUAUAAAAUAGAUUUAGCUUGGACCCUCAAACUGCAUGGCAUUGAUGAGUUAAUCAAAGUAAUAAAUAUAGUCCAGAAGUAAUAAGGUUUCUUCCAUCAAAUUUUGAUAUCUUCAUGACAUUCUUCAUUUCAAAAGACAGUGGUAAGUUGACACUUACUACUUGUUUAGCAUAUACUCUAUAAUAGACAAUCCCAAAUACGGUAAAAAUGUGACCAUUGUUUUUAAUCUUUAAUGGUAUUAUAGGAAAUGUUGUCAGGUUGAAUAAACAAAUUAAAUGCUGUCCUAAAAUUAACACUAUCUUUUUAACAAAACGUCAAUAGGAUGCAUGUUCACUAAAGCAUUCGCAUGUAAUAUAACAUGUCAAAAUGUAAGCACAACAUGUGUAUUUGUUACAUUACAUGAUCAUGCUCCUAGUCUAUACGCACUUUUAUACUAGUAUAUUUUAACUAUUGAAGUGUUUCGUCUCUUUCUAAUUUUUUAAACAAAAUUCGAUACAAAAUACUAGAUGGCGCUAGAAUCAAAACUUGAAUUUUUUGUUAUUUUGUAAUUAAAGACGAUUUGUAGCAAAAUUUCUAAAUAGGCGAGUGGUUUCAUUUAUUUUUUAUAGUAAUAUAGUAAUAAUUUAUCAUAAUUUUUGUCUUUAUUCUGUUGUAUUGUACAAUUUUGUAAAAAAACAUACUCGUAAGAAACAUUGCGACUGUGUGGCUUAUAAUUAAUUCAAGGAAAAGUUCGCGUGUUAUCUGUCACUUUACAUUCGUAUAUAAUAAUAAAAACCACACGCCGAUGUAAUAAUGUUAUUUAAAUUUAUCUUUAAUUACAAAAUAAUCAACAAAAACCACAAGUCUCGAUUCCAGCGCCAUCUAGUAUUGUUUGUCUAAUUUUAAUUAUUGACCAACCAUUUAAAUUUAAAAAAAGUGAUGGAACGUUAUUAUAGUUAUUUUAUUAGCGAUUUUAUAUGUUUUAAUGAAUUUUAAUUAUAACCAGCAUCCAUGGUAAUUUUACUGCUUUCAAAAAUUUGACGUCAGUUUACUUGUUUUGUGAAAAUUCAAAUUAUAUUAUAGUUUCGUGUAUAUUAUUAUUAAAGAAAUGAUUCCACCUAGUUGAUAAGACUCAAAUGUAGUACUAUGGACCUUUUGUCUUGUAAGUCGUGUAUAUAUAUCGAUAGCCAAUUGAUUAUAUGUUGAAAAACAAUUUUAAAGUGAACAAAAAAAAAGCGAAAUAAAUGUAUAUAUAUAAAAUGA